AUGCAAGCAAGACCGGUCACGCGAUUCACGAUAGCCGACGUAAUCGAUCUCUUGAGAAAAAAACGAAAGACCGCAUUGGAACGAGAUCGAUCAAUUGAAGUUCCAGUGCCUUCCAAACCUUUCAUGAUGAACAGUCUCCGUCGAGUGGCUCUUGUCUCAUUGGUCUACUUCGCGGCUAGUGUUGGUGCUCAGCAAGAAGCUAGAAACGACAUUAAUUCCUGGUCGCCAGGAAAACUUCGCAGUCGGGGUGAUGAAGCUUUGUCGCUACGCAAUUAUGACGAAGCCUUACAGCUGAUUCGCAAAGCUGCCGAAUUGGAACCAGAGAAUGGAAUCAACCAUUUCAAACUCUUUCGCGUUCAAUCUCGUAUGCGCAAGCAUAGCGACGCUUUGGGGUCCAUCACCAAGGCCGUCGAGUUGGAUCCCUCCAACAACAGUUAUCGCAAAUCGAAGGCCAAGUUGUUGAAACAGUUGGGUCAGUGCGACAUUGCCGUGAACGAAUUGAAGUCAAUUCAAGGGGAUGAUUCAGAAGAGUACACUAAGCUCUAUGAGGAAGCAUCGCAGUGCGAGAGUGAUAUUCUCCAUGCUGGACACGCCAUGUUGAACGAGGACUACUAUUCCGCGUCUCAAUAUUACCAACGUGCCAUUAGUCAAGUGGAACAGGCUUCUGAUCUCUUGUUUCUAAAGGCAGAAGCGCUUUACCACCAUGGUGACUACUACGGUGUCAUUAGCGAUACUGGCCAAGUCCUCAAACAACAUGCACAAAACCUGGAGGCAUACCGACUACGUGGCGAUGCCUAUGGCCGAUUGGGAGAACACGAUUCGGCGAUACAGCACUACCGUGAGGCACUCAAGUUUGAUCCAGAACACAAGGGGUGCAAAGAGGGGCACAAGUUUAUCAAAAAGAUUGAAAAGAAGCGCAAAAAGGGAGAUGAUGCCUACGACAACGGCAACUUUUCAGACGCCAUUCAAUUUUAUACUCAGGCCAUGGAAAUUGAUCCUACCCAUACUGCAUUCAAUCGACCCACUCAAUUGAAAAUUGUCAAGGCAUAUUCUAGAUUAGGAAAUCAUCAAAAGGCCUUGGCAGCAGCUUCCAAACACAUCGAGGAAGAGGAAUCAUUGGAAGGUCUGUGGGCUCUUGGAGAUGCUCAAACACAUGCCGAACAAUUCGAGGAUGCAGUCCGAACCUUCAGUCAGGCUUAUGAAAAUGCACCCGAUGGUGAAAUGAAGCAACAAGCGAAGAAGAAGGUCCAGGAAGCCCAAGUGGCUCUGAAACAAAGCAAAGAGAAGAAUUACUACAAGAUUCUGGGUCUUCCACGCACGGCUUCCAAAAAGGAAAUCAAAUCUGCCUACCGCAAGCUCGCCUUGAAAUGGCAUCCUGAUAAGAACCCUGAUAAUCUCGAAGAAGCUGAGAAGAUGUUUGCCGACAUUGGAGAAGCAUACGAAGUUCUGUCGGAUGACGAAAUGAAGGCCAAGUACGACCGAGGUGAAGACGUCUUUGAUAACCAAGGCGGUGGUGGUGGUGGCGGAGGUCAUCACUUUGAUCCUCGCAUGUUCUUCAACCAACAGUUCCAUGGUGGAGGCGGUGGACAACGUCGUGGCGGGGGUGGACAACAGUUCCAUUUCAAGAUGGGUUAA